UCCAGAGACAGAGCAAGGAGCAAGCAAUUGUUGUUACUGGGCAACAGGAAGACAACUACAAAAAUGGACACUACGUUAGAUCAGUUCACGGGAUUGGACUCCUUCUCCUCCCCUUACUUCGACGAAGACGAUUUUUUUACAGAUCAGUCCUCACGCGACAAUUUGGACACGGACGAUUUUCUGGAAGACGAUGUAGACUUUCUCACCAGCCAAAUACAAGAUUACUACACUGACAACAGGAUACUGCACGACGGGGAGUACUGUGAUGUUGGCAACUUUUCUUUCUCUUCUUCUUCAUCCACCUUCUCCUAUGGCUGCGCUGACAGCACUUCCGAGAUGUCCCCCCAAAUAAGGGGCGAGGGACUCCUAAUGAAGAGGCGAAGACGCAUGAGAUCCGAAGUCGAGAUGCAACAGUUGCGGCAGGCAGCUAAUGUGCGAGAGCGCCGACGGAUGCAGUCAAUCAAUGAUGCCUUUGAAGGACUACGAUCUCACAUUCCCACUCUGCCGUACGAAAAGAGGCUUUCGAAAGUGGAUACUCUACGCUUAGCAAUAGGAUACAUAAACUUCCUCGCAGAGCUUGUGCAUUCUGAUAUACCGAUCAGACAUCCCAACGGUGACGCGUCAAACCAGCCUAAGAAAGUUAUUAUCUGUCACAGGGGAACAAGGUCUCCAUCUCCAAGUGACCCGGACUAUGGGCUGCCUCCACUUGCCGGUCACUCUCUGUCCUGGACUGAUGAGAAACAGCUCAAAGAGCAGAAUAUCAUCCGGAACGCCAAAGUGUGGACUCCAGAAGACCCGAGAAAAUUACAUUUGAAAUCCUUAAACAACAUUGAGAACGAACCACCCUUUGAUUUUAUGUAAAAACUAUGUAUUUAAAAAACAAAUGUUUAUAACUGAAUAACUUAAUUGUAUGGGUGUACAAAUGUUUAUAUAUGCUGGUAACAGAAUGAGUGUAUUGACUGUAUGAGUGACAGAGAGAAUGGCAAUCAUCCUUUGUUGUAGAAUCAAAGAUAAUGAGUAUAUAUGUAUUUAAAUGUCUGAUUUUGUAUAAUAUAUACAUUUAUUUAACUAAAAAUU